AUGUUGAGGCAGCGAGCUCCGUCGAAUGUCUCGACGGACUCGUCGCUUGUAACCCGAGAUCAGGAGCUCGGGAGCAUGUAUGAUUAUCUUGCCAAGAUAAUUCUUCUUGGACCGAGCGGCACCGGAAAAUGUCUGCCCGUCGGGGCUCGCGCAACACCUUUCGUGGUCUGCGAAUUCUCGCCGCCAAAAGCGCUGACGAGUGAUAUAUCGACCAAAUUUAGGUCAUGUCUAUUGCAUAGAUUUGUAAAAAGCGAGUGGCGAGUUCUCUCCUCGCAAACAAUUGGCGUUGAAUUUUCGUCCAAGGUGGUGAAAGUUGGGACCGGCGCGCGUCGAAAGCGCAUAAAGUUGCAGCUGUGGGACACGGCUGGGACAGAACGCUUUCGAUCCGUUUCCCGCUCCUACUACCGAGGCGCCGCGGGCGCAUUGCUGGUCUACGACCUAGCAUCGCACGCGUCUUUUGAGGCACUACCAACCUUUCUCAGCGAUGCGCGGGCGCUCGCAUCGCCGAACCUGACCAUGAUUCUCGUCGGCAACAAAGCGGAUCUCUCAUCCUCAGAUGACUCGGCGGCACAAUAUCAACACGCUAUGGAUGGGUCACCGCCAAUGGGUACUCCAUCAAGUCUCAGCAGCAAGAAAUCACUAAAUAGCAAUCCAUAUAACUCGAUCGGAUCCAGCUCAACCUUUGGCGUGGGGGCGCGAAAUUCUGCUACAAUUGCGCCAGAAGGCCGGGAAGUCUCCCCGGAGGAGGCUUCCCGGUGGGCGUCAUCUUGUGCGAUUCCCGUCUCUGCCGAGGUUUCAGCAUUGUCGGGCGACAACGUCGACGAGAUCUUUGCUCGGCUGGCCCGCAUGAUUCUGACUAAAAUUGAGCUCGGAGAAAUUGACCCGGAUGAUCCUCAGAGCGGCAUCCAAUAUGGGGAUAGCGGUAGCUGGGGGUUUAGUGAUGGUGGAACAACGGGCUCCAAGAGCCGGGGAAAUGACAGUAGUGCUGGUUCCACAAGACGAGUCAAUCGCGGCCGACGACGCACCAAUACCAAUGGCUGGAUGACAGGCGUUCGAGAAUGGGAAGAAGUCUUCCGGUUAGACUCGAAUGGCCGUCGACGGCGUGGCGGACAAUCCGGAGGCUGCUGUUGA